ACAUACUUCAACGUAGUUAAGUUUCAGAUUUCGCGCGAAGCGGAAAUCCGAUCACUCCCAUUGUCAAUUGUUCGCUGCUGACAUACAAAAGAGUCGGCAAAUUUGCGCGCAUGACAUUGACAUUCGCAACGUUGAUCUGACCUCUGACCGGGUUGUUGGUUCCCGUUGGAUCCUCCUCUCUCCGAGACGACAAUGAGCUACUUUGUAAACAAUAAUUGGGGCAAGAGUCCUUUCUAUCAAAAACUAAAUGAUCCUCGAAAUGACAUUCUCGUCGGAAGCGGUUCAACAGAUUCAAGAAUACCCUCUUGUUGUCGUUCCAUCGGACUCGCCGUGUUCUUGAUACUGGUGAUACUAUCCUUUUACAUAUGUCCUUUUCCAACUUUGAACCCACCGGUUCGCACCCAUGUGUUGCACUUCGAUAAAAAACAGCCUCUUUUGCACGUUACUUCCGACAAGUUCUUGUCGCUCGGCCUUGACACGUCUCUACUUCGACAAAUGAAGGAAUUGCCUGUCGGCAAAGAAAAAUUCGUCAAUCUAGGUCGUCACUUACGUCCAGCUUACGUCAGAGUGGGCGGAACGUCUGCCGAUUGUCUGAUAUUUAAUCAGAAUCAGGUGGAACAGAGUUUUUCCGAGAAGAUACCCAGUCCUGUGGACGGUCAGGAUAUCAGCAACUUUACCAUUACCAGUACGGAUUUGCUCGCUGUCUACGAUUUCGCGCUGAAGUCCGAGUUGCGAAUGAUUUUUGAUCUAAAUGUGUUGCUGCGAAAUCCGGAUGGAUCUUGGAACGAUACUAACGCUCAAGAAAUUAUCGCGUUUGCUAAGAGUCAGAGCAUGGAAUUGGACUGGCAAUUGGGAAAUGAACCAAAUUCCUUCAGACACGUGUUUAACGUGACGAUCGGUGCAACAGAGCUUGCGAAGGAUUACGAUCGUUUGAGAGAAUUAUUGGACAAGGCGGGAUACGCCGAUAGCAUCGUUAUCGGGCCAGAAGUGAAUCAUGUCGGAGACAAGAAUAAAGGAGAGAAAUAUGCCGAGAUGUUUCUCAGGAGUCAGAAAAACGUUGUGGAUUACGUCAGCUGGCAUCAGUAUUAUUUGAACGGACGAGAAGCUAAUGUCGAGGACUUCGUGAAUCCUCUUACGUUUGACGUGUUGCCGCAGCAAAUUAAAUCCAUGGGGAGAUUCGUCGCCGCGUCGGGAAGAAACGUUCCCAUGUGGUUGUCGGAAACCAGCACCGCUUUCGGCGGCGGAGCGCCCGAAUUAUCUGACAGAUUUGUGGCUGGAUUUCUUUGGUUGGACAAAUUGGGAUAUAGCGCCAGCGCGGGGUUGAACGUCGUGACAAGGCAGUCGUUGUUCGGCGGUUAUUACGCCAUGGUGUCGCCGGAACUCGCGCCGAAUCCCGACUGGUGGGUCAGCGUUUUUUACAAGCAAUUUGUGUCGGAGAAGGUUCUUAAGUUGCACACGCCCAGCAACGUCGACUACGUGCGACUUUACGCGCAUUGCACACCGAAGAAAUCUCUGAUCGCUCGAGUACCGGCCGUCACUAUCUACGGAAUGAACUUAGACAAAAUCGCGGCCCGCGUCUACAUCCCGGAAUUGAUUGUGCAGUUAAAAAAAUACGUGAAGAUAUUCUUCUACUCUUUGACUGCUGAUAAUUUGCAAUCGAGUGAAAUAAAGAUGAACGGCAAAGUGUUGAAGCUGCGACCGAACGGCGACUUGCCGCCGUUUCGACCUGUGAUACUGAAUCCCGCGGAUCCCGUGAUCUUACCACCGUACUCCAUGGUGUUUAUGAUGAUUCACGGUAUCGAGGUUCCUGCCUGUUCGACGUGAACGAGAAGAGAAACACUCGAGUCAAUUUUUACGUAUAUUUAUUUAUAUACUAUCUUUCUUAAACAUUUAUAUAUAUAUCAUAAAACAUAUGUUACAUAUUUUUUACAAACUCUUAUCAACAAGGAAGCCGUUUGUAGAGGCGCGAGUAGGCGUUUUACCCCGAAACGGCCCUCUCGGCAGAAAUUUUACCGAGUAAAACUAGCUUUCAGCUCGCAAUAGCUGCGUUGCUGUUCACUUCGGAAAAAAAAA